AUGAGUAACACUUGCAAACUCCCCUCCAUACGGCUGCUUUCGCUCGACCUCCCACUACCGGGUCAGCACGAGCACCCUUACUCCAACCCAGCCGCCAUGGCUGGCCAGCACCCCCAUUACCAGGCAUACCCUCAGUCAUAUGAGCCCCUCAACUACAACAUGCCUGGGGUCCACGGUGCUUUCUCCGUUUCUCAUGCUAUGGGGCAGGGCCCCGCGCUUGGCAACCUUGGCGCCACGCCUCUGCUGACGAACCUGCUGUUUGUUGGCCCGGGCCAUGAGCAACUACAUGACCGCCUGGUAUCUCCAUAUCACCACCCGGUACCUCAAUCAGCCUCUGCUGCUUACUCAUUCCAGACCCAGGCGCCUUCAAGGCUGCCUUCGUCGGUGGCGUCUGUGUCUGGCAUGGCACACUCAGAUGUCGAGAGCGAGCACAAACCCGUCACAUAUCCACCGGUGGCCACGGCUGCCCCAGUGGUAGCAAACGAGCCCGCCGCUGGUGUUUCGACUCCUACUACUGUUCCGGUUCAGGCUGAGACGCCGGCAGAGACCCCUCCAGCCCACCUGCUUUCACCCUCGGCAACUCCACAACCCAGACUCUUCGUGGAAGCCUCGCAAGAAGAGACAAUGCCCGAGUGCCAUCUUUAUUUCUCGAACUUGGCCACUCACAAGUCGACUCAUCUCAAGCCAACCAACAGACCCCACUUGUGCAAGCUUUGUCAUAGAGGCUUUGCCAGACCCAACGACUUGUUCCGUCAUUUCAAGUGCCACUGGAAGGAAAUCGGAGCAGACAAGGGCCAAUUUCGCUGUCCCUUCAAAUCUGGCGCUGCCGACUCAGAGGACCACUGUUGCCACACCCUGGGUAUCUUUUCCCGUUGCGACACCUACAAGAACCACUUGAAGGCCAUUCACUUCCAAUAUCCUUCGGGGACGAAGAAGUCGCAACGUAACAAUGUUCCAGGCAGCUGUCGCUUGUGUCAGAAGCAAUUCACCAAUGUGGACGACUGGAUCACCAACCACAUUGACACCAACGAGUGUCCCUUUGCAUCUCACUAG